AAGCAUCGUAAUUAAUUAUGCCGCGAUUAUCAUAGCUAAUUAUCAGUGUACAAACAAACAAACGAACGUCCUUCGGCUUAUAAAGGCAUACGACUCGAUACGGUCGACCCAAAAGAAGAAAGAUGGAGCUCAAAGAAGAAUGGAUCCUGCCGGACGCGGUAUACGAUAACCCGUUGCUUAAACGAACACUUCUCGGUUUAAAGUACUACGGGCUACUGUUGGGUCAUUCCCAACCGUACAAGAAAGCGCACUGCUUCCGUGGCAUGGUUUUUACCGUGUCCAUGGUGCUGUUCAACUGCACACAGUACAUCGAUCUGUGGCAAGUUUGGGGAUCGGUUUCGGACAUGACAGCAAAUGCGGCCACCACACUACUGUUUACGACCACCAUCUUUCGGAUUAUUUUCUUCUACUUUCACCGAGCACGAUUUAAUAGCAUUAUUCAAGCAGCACAUGUCGGGAUCGAGCGGAUUCUUGGUGAUGGUUGGGACGAUGAGAAGGAUAUAGUGACGAGCAAUGUUCGCUAUCUUAACAGGCUUGCGGUAGUGUUUUGGUGUUGCGCUCUUGUAACGGCCAACAUGAUGUGUGUCUACUCGUUGGUGUUGUAUCUGAUGUACGAAGAGCCCACCGUUAAUCUGGACGGUUUGAUCUCGAAUGAUACUAUACCCCAACAGCAGUAUCCGACAUCGAUUCUACGCUCCUGGUAUCCUGCCGCGGAUGGGAAGGAUAAACAUUUUCUCGAGAUCUAUCUGAUCCAGCUGUACAUCAUGUACGUGGGACAGCUGAUCGUUCCCUCCUGGCACAUGUUUAUGGUUACGCUGAUGAUUUACGGCCGUACCGAGUGUAGUGUGCUUAAUUAUCGGCUUUGCUUUCUCGACCUUUACCAUGCGCCCGGACCAGCAGAUAAACCAAAAGCAAGCGUUCCCGAACAUGUGGACAACGACGAACGUCGUUCGCUUAUAAUCGAUUGCAUCAAACGGCAGACAAAUUUGGUUGCGUUCACACGCGAACUGGAGCAGCUAACGCGUGCAGCCGUUUUCUUAGACUUUGUCGUAUUUUCCGUACUGCUGUGUGCGUUACUAUUCGAAGCAUCAAUGACCACAUCCGGCGUGCAGGUGUUUAUUGAUAUCUGCUACAUUACCACGAUGACGGCCAUUCUUUUUCUGUACUACUGGCACGCAAACGAGAUACAUGCAUGCGCCGAUCAACUGUCGAUGUCGGCGUACAAAAGUGAUUGGUAUCGGUACGAUCAUGGUACGAAUCGGAUGCUUCAAAUAUUUAUCCUCUACAGCAAUCGCCCUGUGAAAAUGCAAGCUUUCUUUAUUUCCAUGUCGCUGGACACAUUCUUGGCGGUAAGUUCAUGUCUUUUUUUUACAGAUACCGAUACAAUACUUAUACUAAUUGAUCAUUCGAUUUAGAUUCUGCGUGCAUCGUACAGCUACUUUACCAUUCUGAAACAGUUAACCGAUUAAUGAGAAUGGUGAAGGAGUUUUUGAAUUCAUUUUGAAAGAAAUAUCCACGUCUAAUUAAACAAAUUCUACAAUACAACAAAUGCUUCAUAACGAAAUUGAAAAUAAAUAUCUAUAAAUUUGCCAAUCUCCUAAAUUUGAGUAAUUUAGCAAAAUUGAAAAAUUUAAGUUUUUUAAUGGGAAUUUGUUGCAAUGAGUUUCUUUUCACUCAAAUAAUGCUUUAAAUUAAAAAAAGAAUAAAAAAU